AUGCACUUCUCUACCAUUAUCGCCAGUGUCGGUAUCUUGGCUACUGCUGUGUCAGCUGUGCCUCAUAAACUUCACACUCGGGCCUCCGGUGGCCAGAAUGUAGUGUACUGGGGCCAGGACAAUAACGUCCAGCCUCUGUCCAACUACUGUACAUCUUCUUCUGGAAUUGACAUCAUUGUUCUUGCUUUCCUGUAUGAAUAUGGCAAUGGUCAAACUAUUGCAUCGGGCACCAUUGGAGACCAAUGUUAUAUCUCCUCCGCCGGUGUUCCGCAGAACUGCGACAGUCUGGCAACCGACAUCGAGACCUGCAAGUCCAACGGCAUCAAAGUGAUCCUAUCUCUAGGAGGUGCGGCAGGUGCCUAUUCUCUGUCAUCCCAAGCUGAGGCGGAAACCAUUGGUCAAAAUCUAUGGGAUGCAUACGGCAACACUGCCGGCAGCUCCAGUGUCCCUCGACCAUUUGGCAAAACCUUUGUCAAUGGCUGGGAUAUGGAUAUUGAGGCCUACAGUGGAAACCAGUACUAUCAGUAUCUCCUGGCAAAACUGCGAUCUAACUUUGCAUCUGACGGCUCCAACACCUACUACAUCACGGGAGCUCCACAAUGCCCUAUCCCAGAACCCAACAUGCAAGUGAUCGUCACCAACGCCAAAUUCGAUUACCUUUGGGUCCAGUUCUAUAACAACCCCGGCUGCUCCGUCAAUGGUAACAUCAACUUCAAUGAUUGGGUCUCGAACGUAGCCAACACUCCCUCGUCCGGUGCGAAGAUAUUCAUCGGUGUUCCUGCAUCACCGCUUGCUGCUACAGGCACCUCGAGCGGUUCGCAAUACUAUCUCGACCCUAACUCGCUGGCAACACUCGUUAAUCAGUAUAAGAGCAACUCUGCUUUUGGUGGUGUGAUGAUGUGGUCCGCUGGUUAUUCGGACUCAAAUGUUAACAACGGCUGCACUUAUGCCCAGGAGGCUAAGAGUAUCCUGACUAAAGGAUCCGCCUGCUAA